AUGGAUCUCGCCUGCCUUAUCUCUCACCCGGGACCAGAUCCUCUUGCGAUGAACAUGUCAAGAGCCUCUUACAGCCCCCCUGCGCCUCGUGUGGCUUCCUACAAGCGCUCGUCGGAAUCAUACUUCGCUUCCGUUCCGGUUUCUUACUCGCGCACCCCUCUUUCCCCGCCGGUCGAGGACAUUCCCCCCAAGUGCUCUCUACCUUCCAUCUCGACUCUACUUGAAGGCGCAGCUGCUGCCUCCAUGCAUGCAGCUAAGCGUGCACGAGUCACACCUCCAGUGCAGCGCGAGUUUGAUUCCCGCCCUCCAUCGCAACCUUUGGACUCGAUGAAGGCCAAUGGCCCCCAAAUCGGCUUGCCACCCACACCUCCAUUGCGCCCUGGCUCUGGUCUCAACAGUGUCAGCCACUCCCCCACCUCGUCGAUUUCCGCCAUCAGUGAGAGUGGCGUCCCCAAUCGCGCAGAGCCAUACUCCCAGGCGCCGGUGGCACUAUGCAGCUUGUCGGAUAGAUCUUCCAUCUCUAGCCAAGGCUCCGUGGCUCCUGUCUCCGCCGCGCCUUACGCCUCACCCGCUCCCAGCGUCUCUUCUUUCUCCUCCCCCAUCGAGCCUUCGGCCUCCUCCGCCGUCUACUAUCAGAGACCGACAUCCUCUUCUUCGACCUACCAACCCGCUAGCAGCGUGCCUCCCUCUACUGCUCCUCUGUCCACACCCGCCCACCAACAGAUGAUCUCCCCUGUCACUCCAGCCUGGCAGCACCACCAUUACUUCCCUCCCUCCAGCACGACCCCCUACCAGCAGAACCACGACCGAUACAUCUGCAGAACGUGCCACAAGGCCUUCUCAAGACCCUCGAGUCUCCGCAUUCAUUCUCACAGCCACACUGGAGAAAAGCCCUUCCGCUGCACUCAUGCAGGCUGUGGUAAAGCCUUCAGCGUGCGGAGCAACAUGAAGCGUCACGAACGUGGCUGUCACACCGGCCGGCCCGUUGCCACCGCCCUGGUAUAA